AGAUAAAAGGUGGGAGAGAGAUAAAAAUACCAAUUUACUGAAAAUUGGAUGGAAGGAAUGAAAGCACCCGCUCAACUGCCAUGCACCUUGCUUGUUCAAAAAAGAAGAAGAAAAUCAAAUAAGAAAUGGAGGGAGAGGUAGCAGCUUGUAUUUCCUUAUCAAACAUCCCACCACUCCACAAAAUCAUCAAAAGGUAAGUAGGCGAUACCCGACUUUUACUAUGUUUGCCUUUUCUUUUUCUUGAAGCACAUCCCCCCCCCCCAAAAAAAAAAAAAAAAAACAGGUUGUUGGAAGAUGUUGUAGUCGAGUAUUCUCCUAAUCUUCCUUCUCUUGCUCAAUACGUACUCAUCUGGGGAUUCUCCUAAUAAUAUUUACUCACAUUUAGCAACUGCAGUUUAUAAUCAUUUCCACUUUCGUCAUAUAUUUUUUUCGAAGAAAUAUAAAGUUCAAUCCAAGUUAGAUGAACUGGAUUAAUCUCUGGAGAAGAGAUCCGUGAGAUCCAUCUUCCUAGAUUGUCAUGAAAUCUCAUCUGUUAGCAUUAUGCGCUUCGUUGCUUUAAUCCUUUAGUAGAGUAGACGUUAAAAAAUUAGCCGAUGAAGAACAUUAUGCCAUUUGGGUUAGUCUCAGCAUGGAACAAGCGACGGAGAAGCAAGUCCCAAGAUCACUCAGACCCUUGGGUUUAUAAACCUAUGGAGUUUUGGCAACUUGAAGAUCAAACACCUCAAUCCACAAAGAGACGUCAUGGAUCAUCGGUUUUCACACUCAAGGAAAUGGAAGAAGCAACGUGCUCUUUCAGUGAAAAAAAUUUGGUUGGAAAAGGGGGAUUUGGCCGCGUCUAUAGAGGCGUCCUGCGGUCAGGAGAGGUUGUAGCAAUCAAGAAAAUGGAGCUGCCGAAAUUUAAAGAAGCUGAAGGGGAACGGGAGUUUCGUGUAGAAGUUGACAUCUUGAGCAGACUUGAGCACCCCAAUCUGGUUUCCUUGAUUGGAUAUUGUGCUGAUGGGAAGGACAGGUUUCUAGUGUAUGAAUAUCUGCAACAUGGGAAUCUGCAAGAUCAUUUAAAUGGUCAGUUUAUCACUCAAAAUACUAUUCUCAUUCCCAAAUCCUUAAUUGCAUAUCUAGUAACCUGCAACUGUAUUCUAGGAUUUGGAAAAGCAAAAAUGGAAUGGCCUUUAAGGUUAAAAGUGGCACUUGGAUCAGCAAGGGGACUUGCUUAUCUACAUUCAAGUUCUGAUGUUGGCAUACCAAUUGUCCACAGAGAUUUUAAAUCCACCAACAUCCUUCUAAAUGCAAAUUUUGAAGCUAAGAUAUCUGAUUUUGGUCUUGCAAAGCUGAUGCCGGAGGGGCAGGAGAUAUUUGUGACUGCAAGAGUUCUCGGAACAUUUGGGUAUUUCGAUCCUGAGUAUACAUCGACAGGGAAACUCACUUUACAAAGUGAUGUAUAUGCAUUCGGUGUGGUUCUUCUUGAGCUUUUGACUGGGCGUAGAGCAGUAGACUUAAACCAGGGACCAAGUGAUCAAAACCUUGUCCUACAGGUUAGGCAUAUUUUGAAUGAUCGGAAAAAGUUACGCAAGGUGACUGAUCCGGAGCUUAGUCGAAGUUCAUACACAUUGGAAUCUAUUGCUAUGUUUGCCAACCUAGCUUCACGCUGCAUCCGCAUUCAGAGCAGUGAGAGACCCUCCAUGGCUGAAUGUGUGAAAGAACUCCAAACAAUUAUCUACACCAAUUCAAAACCCAUGGGCAUGAUGAAUUUCAAAAUGGUCUAAUAAAUGGUUCAUCAGCACAGAAAGUGUUACAUCAACAAUAAAGAUCCUCUAUUUUCCUUCAUUUGGUAAUUGACACUUUGAAGGCAAGAGACCUAUGAUUUUAAAAGUAUAAGCGUACAACAACAAACAAAAAAAGACAUGUUAUGGAGAAAGGAUUCUAGUAAUUUAUCAAUUACAGCAGACAAAAUUUAAGAAUAAAA